CUACGGAGGCGGCGUAGGGCGGGCGCCGGACGCGGGCCGGGCCGGGCGGGUCGGGCGCUCGGCGGCUCCGCCACUCAGCGCGGGAGGCCGUCGGGGCAGCGGCCGGCGGCAGGAGGGGCGCCCGCCCGCCCUCCGGAGGCAGAAGUUGUGGCUCGGCCGGCGCACGCGAGCGGGCCCGGGGCCGCGCGGGCUGCGGGAACGGAGGAGGCGCCGCCAGGGCGCGGAGGACGGCUGUGAAACCUGCCAUGACCCCCGGCGUCCCAGGUGCUGGCCAGGUCAGGCUGGCUGGCGGGUCACGAGCCACACGCACUCGCCCGGGUCCAUGGCCGCGGUUGGGGAGUGGUCCUGUGUGCGCUGCACCUUCCUGAACCCAGCCGGCCAGCGCCAGUGCUCCAUCUGCGAGGCCCCCCGGCAGAAGCCCGACCUUGACCAGAUCCUGCGGCUCAGCGUGGAGGAGCAGAAAUGGCCGUGUGCCCGCUGCACCUUCCGGAACUUCCUGGGCAAGGAGGCCUGCGAGGUGUGUGGCUUUGCCCCAGAGCCCGUGCCCGGCGCCUCCCUGCUGCCUGUCAUCAAUGGGGUCCUGCCCAAGCCACCCACCGUCCUGGUGGAGCCCAAGGGCAGCUGCAAGGAGGAGGCAGGUCCAGCGCGGACAGCGGGGCUGGCGGCCGUGGAGCCGCCCGGGGGGCGGCCGGAGGAGGAGGAGGAAGAGGGGGCGGCAGAGCCUGGGAGCGGCUGGGCCUGCCAGCGCUGCACGCUGCACAACACGCCAGUGGCCAGCUCCUGCUCUGCCUGCGGGGGCCCCCGAAAACUCUCGCUGCCCAGGAUCCCUCCUGAGGCCCUGGUGGUCCCUGAGGUCCUGGCCCCUGCUGGCUUCCACGUCACACCCACCCCACCCCAGCCUGGGGAAGGCACGGAGGCCGACCCUCCCUCUGCAUGUGCCCAGGAUUCCCCGCGGGGGCUGCCCUUCAGCCCCUUCUCGCCCACCCUGCAGAACAACCCUGUGCCUCGCAGCCGCCGCGAGGUCCCCCCCCAGCUGCAGCCACCAGUGCCUGAGGCUGCCCAGCCCUCACCUCCCGCAGGCUCCAAGGGGCCCCUCCAGGGCCCAGGGUGGGCCGGGGCCGGCGCCUCCCGCCUGGCAGAGCUGCUGUCGGGUAAGCGGCUGAGCGUGCUAGAGGAGGACGUGGCCGAGGGCGGCCCCGCAUCGCGUCGGUGUGGCUCCUGCUCAGCACCCAGCCCCGCGAGCCCUGCCCGCUGUGAGGCCUGCGGCUCCACGCCAGGCAACGAUGUCAUUGACCUGGCUGGUGACACCGUGCGCUACACGCCAGCCAGCCCCUCCAGCCCCGACUUCACUACCUGGUCGUGCGCCAAGUGCACACUCAAGAACCCCACAGCGGCCCCCAGGUGCACGGCCUGUGGCUGCUCCAAGCUGCACGGCUUCCAGGAGCACGGCGAGCCCCCAGACUGUGGUGCCGACAGGCCUGGCUCCUGCUCAGCCCACAAGGCCGGCCGGCCUGUCCCCACGGCACCACCUGAGCGCCCAGGCCAGUGGGCCUGCCCCGCCUGCACUCUGCUCAACGCACCCCGGGCCAAGCACUGCGCUGCCUGCCACACCCCGCAACUCCUGGUGGCCCAGCGACGGGGCGCUGCUCCCCUGAGGCGCAGGGAGAGCAUGCAUGUGGAGAAGCGGCGGCAGACAGACGAGGGCGAGGCCAAGGCCCUCUGGGAGAACAUCGUGGCCUUCUGCCGGGAGAACAGCGUGAACUUCGUAGACGACAGCUUCCCCCCUGGGCCCGAGUCUGUGGGCUUCCCCGCAGGCGACAGUGUCCAGCAGCGCGUGAGACAGUGGCUGCGGCCCCACGAGAUCAACUGCUCCGUCUUCAGGGACCACAGUGUCUCAUGGUCCGUGUUCCACACGCUCCGGCCCUCAGACAUCCUGCAGGGGCUGCUGGGGAACUGCUGGUUCCUGAGUGCGCUGGCGGUGCUGGCCGAGCGGCCCGACCUCGUCGAGCGGGUGAUGGUCACGCGCAGCCUGUGCGCGGAGGGCGCCUACCAGGUGCGGCUCUGCAAGGAUGGCACGUGGACGACGGUGCUGGUGGACGACAUGCUGCCAUGCGACGAGGCUGGCUUCCUCCUCUUCUCACAGGCUCAGCGGAAGCAGCUGUGGGUAGCCCUCAUCGAGAAGGCGCUGGCCAAGCUGCACGGCUCCUACUUUGCCCUCCAGGCAGGGCGCGCCAUCGAAGGCCUGGCCACACUCACCGGCGCCCCCUGUGAGAGCCUGGCGCUGCAGGUCAGCUCCACUAACCCCCGAGAGGAGCCCGUUGACACUGACCUCAUCUGGGCCAAAAUGCUGAGUUCUAAGGAGGCUGGGUUCCUCAUGGGCGCCUCCUGUGGGGGGGGCAACAUGAAGGUGGAUGACGCCAUCUACGAGAGCCUGGGCCUGCGCCCACGCCACGCCUACUCCGUGCUCGAUGUCCGCGACGUCCAGGGCUCCAGGCUGCUGCGCCUCCGGAACCCGUGGGGCCGCUUCUCCUGGAAUGGCAGCUGGUCAGAUGAGUGGCCACACUGGCCGGAGCACCUGCGAGGCGAGCUCAUGCCCCAUGGCAGCAGCGAGGGCGUCUUCUGGAUGGAGUAUGGCGACUUCAUCAGGUACUUCGACUCCGUGGACAUCUGCAAGGUGCACUCGGACUGGCAGGAGGCGCGCGUGCAGGGCUGCUUCCCCAGCUCGGCCAGCGGGCCCGUCGGGGUGACGGCACUCACCGUGCUGGAGCGCGCGUCCCUGGAGUUCGCGCUCUUCCAGGAGGGCGGCAGGCGCGCGGACGCGGUGGACAGCCACUUGUUGGACCUGUGCGUGCUGGUGUUCCGCGCGUCCUUCGGCAGCGGCGGUCGCCUGAGCCUGGGCCGCCUGCUGGCCCACAGCAAGCGUGCCGUCAAAAAGUUCGUCAACUGUGACGUGAUGCUGGAGCCCGGCGAGUAUGCCGUGGUGUGCUGUGCCUUCAACCACUGGAGCCCCGCUGCACCCGGACCCCCGGCCAGCGCGCACGCCUCCAGCCCCUCAGCCGGGGUCCCGCGCUGCGCCCCAGAGCCACCCGGCCACGUGCUGGCCGUGUACAGCUCGAGGCUGGUCAUGGUGGAGCCGGUGGAGGCCCAGCCGACCACGCUGGCCGACGCCAUCAUCCUGCUCACGGAGAGCCGGGGCGAGCGGCACGAGGGCCGCGAGGGCAUGACGUGCUACUACCUGACGCACGGCUGGGCGGGGCUGAUCGUGGUGGUGGAGAACCGGCACCCCAAGUCCUACCUGCACGUGCAGUGCGACUGCUCGGACAGCUUCAACGUGGUGUCCACGCGCGGCAGUCUGCGCACCCACGACAGCGUGCCACCCCUGCACAGGCAGGUCCUGGUGAUCCUGUCCCAGCUGGAGGGCAACGCCGGCUUCUCCAUCACCCACCGCCUGGCGCACCGCAAGGCGGCCCAGGCCUUUCUCAGCGACUGGACGGCCUCCAGGGGCACCCACAGCCCCCCACUCACGCCCGAGGUCGCUGGCCUGCACGGGCCCCGGCCGCUGUGACCACCCUGCCCUCACCUGCCUGCUCCCCAUGCGCACUUUACAAGGGAGACCCCAGCAGAGGACGCUUGAACCAGAAUCUCAGGACCCCACCCAGGGAGCUGCCAGCCGAGGGGCACAGCUUCCCCUGGGCCUUCCUUCCUGUCCCUCCUUCCUGUCCCGGGCCUCCCAGCCACCAAGCAGAAUACCUCGAACCCACCUCUAGUGCAUAGGGGCUGUGCACCAGUUCCUCUGACCCACCCACCUCGAGGUUAGGUUCAGAUCACCAGUGCCGCCGAAGUGAGGCUGUCCCUUCCCGGUGGGCCUGGGGCCUCCUGCCUGAGUGAGGUGGUCAAGAGCCCCCUUCACAAAACCAAAUCCCGCAGGUGAAAGGCCAGGACCCCAGGGUGAGCAGGGACCACCCCCAUCUGUGGGGGUCAGGCUAGGGUCCUGGGGUGAGCAGGGACCACCCAUUUAUGAGAGUCAGAGUCCAGGACCCUGGGGUGAGCAGGGACCACCCUCCUCUGUGGGGGUCAGGCUAGGGCCCCAGGGUGAGCAGGGACCACCCCCUCUGUGGGGGUUAGCUAGGGCCCCAGGGUGAGCAGGGACCACCCCCUCUGUGGGGGUCAGCUAGGGCCCCGGGUUGAACGGGGACCACCCCUCUGAGGAGGUCAGGCUAGGGCCCCGGGAUGAACAGGGACCACCCCUUGUGGAGCACAAGGUCAGGAGCCUUCUCUCCCUGGCUUGCCCCCAGAGCCCAUCUCCCCCCCAAGAGGCAAGCAGGGCUCCCUGGAGUCCCAGCAGUGUGUCCCAGGAGACAGGUGCCUGGCGACCAUGGGCUCUGGGCGGGGAUGGGGAGGGUCCCAGCUGCCCUUCUGGCGACACUAUGCAAUUCCUGGAGCAUUCGCCAGGAUCGAAGCCAUGCCCUGGAGGCUGCGGGUCGAGAGCUGCAGGUCGGGGCCAGGCCCACCCUGCCUUGUGCUGAGUAUGUUCGUCCUCAGCACCACCUGACCUCUGCCAGGAGGACCCAGGUCCAGCAGAAAUCCUUGGCCAGCCCUGUCCAGGCACACACAGGGCACGGCCCCUCUCCCGCCCCAGAGGCCCAGGGAGCUGAGCCGCUACAAGCUGUCCUGCCCGCAGCUGCUGUCGGGCCAGAGUCCUGCAUCUGCCCCACUUCCUGGGGGCCCGCCCAGCCUCACUGCCCACAGCCCCUCACUUCCCCUGGGGCCUGCGGGGUUUUGACACCUGGAGAAACCCCGGGAAGCACUACCCUCCCCUUUGGGCCUCCUUUAUAUUUCCCUCUUUUAGUCUGAGCUGUGAAUAUUUUUAACCUUGUACAUAUGGCCAGCUCUUCCAACACAGAGACUAUUUUAUCAAUUGGCCCCUUCCCUGUAGGGUGAUUCUCCAUGGGUGUUUCCAGACUCAGGCUCCGACGGACCAAAUAAAAAUGUUUUGUUUUGUAA